AUGAGUCUGACUUCCUGGUUCCUGGUGAGCGGCGGGGGGACGCGCCAUCGUCUACCCAGGGAGAUGAUCUUUGUGGGGAGGGACGACUGCGAGCUCAUGCUGCAGUCCCGCAGUGUGGACAAACAGCACGCCGUCAUCAACUACGAGCCAAACACAGACGAACACAAAGUCAAAGACCUGGGCAGCUUGAAUGGGACAUUCGUCAAUGACGUGAGAAUUCAGGAGCAGAUCUACGUCACGCUGAAAACCGACGACAAACUGAGGUUUGGAUACGAUACCAACCUGUUCACUGUGGUCCGAGGAGAGAUGCAUAUUCCAGAAGAAGCCCUCAAGCAUGAGAAAUUCAGCAGCCAGCUUCAGCUGAACCAGAUGAUGCAUCCAAAAGGUGUAGCCUCUAAAUCUGAGGUGAAACCCCCUGAAGCAGCUGCAGCACCAGUGUGUGAGGCGACCACCGCUAAGCCCCCUGAGGCCAGCAGGACGGAGGACAAGACAACAGGGGAUGUAUCAGCUUUGCAAAGGGGCACCCCCCUCUAUGGCCAGCCUGCCUGGUGGGGAGAUGGAGACCCUAAGGGCAAACAACCAGGGAGGCCUGAGGACAAGAGCUCUGAGCAGAAAAGAGAAAAACCUGAUGUUUCCAACUCCGCCUCUCAAACGACCUCCAGUCAGGAGCCAAGCUACUUUGAAAUCCCAACCAAGGACACUCCCUCAGCUGGUAAGCUGAGUGGCGAGUCCCCCUCACGAGAACCAGAGGCUGACUCCUCUGCUGCUGCGGAGCCCGUUCAUGGCCACGCUUCCUUCACCAUCGACUUUGACCCUGGGGCGUUGGCUAAAGUCCCCGUCAAAGAUCGAGUUGUGAAGGUAGGGCCAGAGACCAGGCCGCGUCCUAAACGACCUGUCGGGGAGGAGCUGAGUCCGCUGCAGACGGCCAUGGUGGCGGCGGAGGUCAAAGUCGCUGACUGGCUGGCCCAGAACGAGCUGCCGCUGGCUCUCAAGGAGACGGUGGCAGAGGACGACGGGGAAAGUGUGAAGAGUGAUGUUCCUGUACAGCUGAGGAGUCUUAAAGGUAGUAAACACGAGGACGGCACACAGAGCGAUUCAGAGAACGCACUCGGAGAGCAGCGGAGAGAUCGUCCGUGGGGCCUUUGGGGGGGCGCAGGGAUGAAGAUCAGAGAGGGUCGAGCCAACGUGCCAGAGGGGCUCUUUGCCGAGGAGGACAGUCCUGCACGCCGUCGCAAAUCUUCAACCUCUAAAGCUAAAGGAGGAUUCCUGGAGAGGCGAUGCGGUUCGGCACCACACCAGCAGAGCGCGCGUGACGAGUGCAACCAGCAGGGAGACGAUUAUAGUGACAGAGGGACCUAUACCAUCGACUUGGAGAAUGGAGAUCAGGAAGAGGAGGAGGCCAGGAAAAUGAUCGAUAAGGUGUUUGGUGUGGAUCAGCAGGAGGCUGUGUGUGUGUCGAGGCUGGGGUCCACUGACCAAAGAGAGAGAGUCACCUCCCAGAGGUCUGGGGGGAUGGGAGACAGAGGGAAGCCUGGACGCAUGGAGGCAGAGGUGCUAUCUGAGGAACUGGUGGUGGGUGGUCCUCGCUGGGUCUCACAGUGGGCUACUUUGGCUGCCAGUCACAUCAGGACAGAUCCUGAGGGGUCGGGAGGGGAGAGUCACGUCAUGAUUACAGAGGACAGAGCUGAAAUAAAUGAGUCCAGCCACUCAGCCUCCUUCGCCUCCUCAGGCUACACGGAGCGUAAGAGGAGGACCCUACCCCAGCCACCCGGUGAGGAGCUCACCCUGGGAAGAAGGACUCCAGGGUCAGGCCUGCGUACAGACAUGGGGGAGAAACAGGACACAGAGCUACAGGAGAAGGAAAACCAUGAGGAGAAGAUGGUCAGGGGGAAGAAUCGCCCCUGUGGAGGCGUGGGUAGUCACGGCGGGAGCCCGAGUCGCUCCUCACCAGCCAAGUCACAGGACAGUGGCGGUGGGAGAUCGGCUCAGUCAGGCGUGUUGACUAAGCUUCCCCCUCGUCCAUUAACCAGCGGCGAGAGGAGAAUGGAGGAAGCGAGGAGGAGGAAAAAGGAGGAGGAGAAGGCGAGGGAGAGUGUCGGGAAACCGUUAUUUAGGCAGGAGAGUUUUACUGUGGAGAAACCAAGCACCAACGUGCCCAACGAGCUAAUUCCACGUAUUGAUGGACUGACAGGCAGCAGGACUCAGAGUAGGGAGACAGGCAUCGAUGGCGGCACAAUGCAGAAGGACUCAGAGACCGUGGCAGCCUUUUUAGAGACCACUAUUUCAGACCAGGGUGAUCCACCAAGUCAGUCCAUCGAAGGCUCCUUGUCACCAGAGUCGGACGUGGACACAACCAGCACAGUGAGCCAGGCUGAUGGGGUGAGGAAAGUUGUCCAGAGACGCAGGAUCCUUGCUGGACAGCAGAAGGAAAAAACAGUAGUGUGCUCAUCCAGCAAGGGGCCUACAGGAGGCAGAGAGAGCCAGGACAGGAGGGUCAAGACUAGAACAUCUGGCCCUCCGCCACGCAGUCGCCCCUGGACGUCGCUGGACCUCACUGACGAUGACGUCAACUCCAACUCCCUCCCUUCAGACUCCCAGCCCACCAGGAACUCACAUCCCAGAGCACAAACAGUGGGGGCAAGCACCAAGUCCAGUCGGGCUAAGGUCUCCCAAACCCCUGGCUCUUCUUCAACGAGUAAAACCAUCAGUGCCCCCAAGCCCAGGCCCACUAGGUCGUCCCUACUGAGACGAGCCCGGAUGGGAGAUUCAUCGGACACCGAGCCAGCUGAUAUCGACCGGAUGUCGAUAGCCUCUGAGGCCUCCACCGCUAGUUCCACAUCCAGGACAGGGAUGGCAAGAAGGGGAAUGUCCAGGAUAGAGGCUUUGGCACAGCCGAGGAGGCCGAGGGUGGGCUCCCCGUCUGCCCAGAGCGACUCAGAGGCCACUGUGACAAGGAGCAGAGGUCUGGGGGCCCGCAGCGUGGCAGGAGAUUAUAAUAUCAGACAAGGACUAAGAGGACCCAAUGCGGCGUCAGUGCCUGGACCGAGAGCCAGGGCGAACAGCGCCUCCAAGCUGCCUGACAAGAGUAGAGCUGGCUCCACGUAUGGACAUGUCACGCCUGCAUCUGGCACCCGAUGGCGCCGCGUGCCCGUGGAGUACGCCUCCACCUCGGAGGACGAUUACGGCUCGAACCGCCACGUUUCCAAGCAGAGCAACACACAGCCGUUCCUGUCAACUCGAGUGGCCCAGCUCGGAGGUUCAGCUCCAGCUACCCCCAAUCCUGCUGGCCUGACUGGCCUGAAGCAGCACUCCAGAGAACAGGACGAGUACAUGAGAGACUGGACGGCACACAGCGAGGAAAUAGCCAGGAUCAGCCAGGACCUUGCCAAAGACCUUGCCAUGCUCGCCAGAGAAAUCCACGAUGUGGCAGGAGAGAUCGACUCAGUCAGCCCUGCAGCCACUGAUCCAGGACCUUUGUUGGAGGAGGGUGUUUUUGAUGACAGCUCGGACCUCGUUGGUCCCUCCGCAGAUCUUGGACCCAACGGGCGCUCUGUGGAGCUGCGGCCCCGAGCUUCUCGUGGACAGAGCUCCCGCUCCAUCCGCAGACAGACGUGGAACAGAGAGGAUGCGGUGCUAGACGGUUUAUUCCUAGCGUCUGUGACUCAACUGUCGACCAGGAUACGUCAGUCUGUUGACAAAACCGGCUGCAAAAUCAGGAUCCUCUUCAAGGAUAGAGAGCGGAAAUGGGAAGAGAUUGAGAGCAAGCUGCAGGCGGAGCACGACUCCUUGCUACAGAAGACCUCCAACAAGGAAAUUUCACACAUUCUUCAGGACCUGAAGAGAGUGGAAAGACAGCUGCUAGUCAUCGACAUGAUGGUGGACCCGGACGGCACCCUGGACGCCCUGACCUCCCUGGGUAUCACCAGUCCUCUGGCUGACCAGAAGCUCAUCCCUGGGUCUCAGCAAAAGGCGUCGCACCCUGGAGCUGAAGCCUUGUCCUGCUCACACUUACCCUCCAGGCCUGAAGGAGUGACCUCUGAAGCCGGUGGAUCCUCAGACCAUGCUGAGGCGACAGGGCGAGACCCAGGCCCCCAGCAGAGACCCAGGUCCUUCAAAUGA